CCCCGGCCGCCGCCGCUCUCGCCUCCGCACGCCUGCCCGGCUGUGAUGGCCUCGUCGCCGUUCCUGCUGCCGGCGGCGCCGCCGCUGCUGCUGCUGCUGCUGCUGCUGGGGGUCCCCGCGGAGGCGCGGGCGUCCUCGCUGGAGAUGUCCCCCGAGGGGGCGGCCGCCUGCCGGGCUGGGGUCCUGUGCCCACAGGAGCCCCUCAAGAAGUCACAAUCACCGCCUGUCAACGUGAGCCUCUACUACGAGGCACUGUGCCCCGGCUGCCGGGCCUUCCUGAUCCGAGAUCUUUUCCCGACCUGGCUGAUGGUCCUGGAGAUCCUCAAUGUCACACUGGUGCCCUAUGGAAAUGCCCAGGAACAAAAUGUCAGCGGCAGGUGGGAGUUCAAGUGCCAGCACGGUGAGCAGGAAUGCAGGCUUAACAAGGUGGAGGCCUGCUUGUGGGACCAGCUGGACAGGGAUGUGGCCUUCCUGACCAUCGUCUGCUUGGAGGAAAUGGAUGACAUGGAGAAAAAUCUGAAGCCGUGCCUGCAGAUCUAUGCUCCUGACGUGUCCCCUGACACCAUCAUGGAGUGCGCCCUGGGAGACCGUGGCACAGAGCUCUUGCACAUUAACGCCCAGCUUACGGAUGCCCUGCAGCCGCCCCACGAGUAUGUGCCCUGGGUCGUCGUCAACGGGAAACCCCUGAAAGAUAUGAGUCAGCUCCUAAGCCUCGUGUGCCACCUGUAUCAGGGUGAGAAGCCAGACGUCUGCCAGCCCUUGGCCAGCUCCCACAGGGAAGUCUGCUUCAAGUGACACCGGGUGGCCCGGAAGGGAGCUGCUGGAGGAAGAGCCGCCCCGGUUUUUUCCGAUCCCUGACUCUCAGCAGCGGCUGUUCCUCACCCAGGGAAAUGUCCACACAUUCCGUGAAGCCCAGUUUCAGAAUCCUGUCCCAAGAUCAAGACUCUGACAAUGGUGCUACUGUGAAACCACCUUAAUAAACACUUCUGGAUGUUGUGAUUCA